ACCAGAUCGAACAUGAAGAAGAAGUAAAGCAACCAAAACAAAACAGUGAGAAGGAGAGCUGACCCAGGCUGAACCGAUGAAUGUUUCCUCACUGACACUGGAAGACUAGAUCCCGGCAUCCAUGGUUUCAUUUGGCUGAUUUAUUUAAAGUAAUAUUUCAAUAUAAGAGCUGCUGUGUUCAGCAGAGACCAUGGGGAUUUCUGUGUCCCUCACCUCCAAGCAAACUCCCCUCAUUAACGAGGACACCUUGUCUUCUCCUGUGGAGGACGGACAGACGGAGGCAGGCAGGGUGUCUGACGUCUCCCAGUUUCCCUACGUGGAAUUCACUGGAAGAGACAGCGUGACGUGUGCGACGUGUCAGGGAACCGGCAGGAUCCCCAGAGGACAGGAAAAUCAGCUGGUUGCGUUGAUCCCAUACAGCGAUCAGAGACUGCGGCCCAGAAGGACGAAGUUGUAUGUAUCUGUAUCCGUGGCGCUCUGCCUGUUGGUAUGCGGUCUGGCAGUUUUCUUCCUCUUCCCUCGCUCCAUUGAUGUAACCUAUGUUGGGGUGAAGUCAGUUUCUGUCAGCUAUGACCAAGAGGGGCACAGAGUCUAUCUCAACAUCACGAACACUCUGAACAUCACCAACAACAACUAUUACUCUGUGGAGGUGGCCAACAUCACAGCUCAGGUGCAGUUCGCCCGGCUGGUGAUCGGUACAUCUCGGAUCAGCACCGUCAUCGCCAUAAGUCCUCUGGACGAGAAACAGAUCGAUUACAUGGUCCCCACUCGCAUUGAAGAUGAGUUGAGCUACCUGUAUGAAUACUGCACUCUGGAAACCAUCAAGGUUCACAACCUCGUGGUCAUGAGUCAGGUGACCGUCACGGCGACCUACUUCGGCCACUCAGAGCAGGUAUCUAAGGAGAUGUAUCAGUAUGUGGAUUGUGGGGGGAACACUACGGCGUUCAGAGGAGCAGAUAACGGCCUACUUCCUGCUGAGUGAUACUCCUGCUGUAGCUCCGCCCACAUCAUCCUGGUUCAGAUUUUUUUGUUUUAUUUUGGGUUAAAAAAACUACUGUUGUUAAAAUAAAUCAUUUUUAUUUUCUUUGAGAGUUUAUUAAAAAGACUAAGAUAAGGUUAACUUUUCAUCUUAGUCUUUUACAAAUUUAUGAAUCAAACCUAAAACAUAAUUCAUUUUUUUUACUUGGAAAUGUUAUAAAAGCUUUUAUUUAUAGAAGUAACCUUUUUAAAAAUCCGAGUUGUGGAUAUUGAUAGUUUGGUUUCUAAGCAGCGGCGCCUUCCUCCACUGUUCAUAAAGGGAGCCAUGUUUAUCACCUCCCUGUGACCAGCAGUGAUGUUCAGGAUUAACUUUGGAGGAAGGAGCCUCCUUGCUGUUCACUGAACUCAGUCUUUGUGUUUUUAUGAUUUCUGUUUUGUUUUUGUCUCAAAAGAAGCUCGUUCCUUUGACUUUUCUGUACCUCCAACUGACUUCAUGUUGAAUGUGCUGCUAAAGUUCUGUUUAGGGUUUAUAUUAAUGAUUCUUAGGUGGAAAUCAGUGGCUGCUGGCCAAUAGAGGGCGCUAGGGUGCCGCCCCUCUCACCAAAAUAACUUGACAAAACUAUAACACCAAAUAAAAUAAAAAAAUUAAAUUAAAUAAUUAAAUUAAAAUAUUCUGAAAUAAAUUAAUAUAUAUUUUUUAGAUGUUCAAGAUAAAUA